AUGGCGAUGCCUGCACCAGACGGAGUUGCAGGAGGAUCCCUUCAGGCCCUGAUAGGGAACCUGUCGGCAGCAGCGCAAGCUUUGGCAAGUGCUGCAGGUACAGGAAGUACCAGAAGUUACGACUCUGCAGCUAAGCUGGUGAAGAGUCCGGAUGUGUUCGCUCCAAAGAAUUUGGAGGAGGAAGUUUCACAGUGGCCAGAUUGGAGUUUCAGUUUCAAAGUGUUUGUGGGAUUCAUUGAUCCCACUUAUGCAGAAGAGUUGAAGAAAGUGGAGCUGGCACCACCAAAUCCAGCAGAUUAUACAGUUGGUGAAAGAGAGCGAAGUACAAAGCUGUAUGCGAUUUUGGCCUCGCAGAUCACAGCUGAAGCAGCGCGCCAAGCAAGAAGAGUAGAGAUGACACAAGAGUGGAACGAUGAGGAUGAAGAGCUCAACUUUGUGAGAUUGUGUCAAGAGUUUGAAGGUUUGGUUCAAGGAGAGCUGAGAAGAGUUGAGGAGUUUGAUAUCUCUUCGAGCGAUGAAGUGGAAGAGAUCGAGGAAGAACCGACCGAUGGUUUGAUGGAGUGGUACCAAGGAUGGUGGUUCUUGGAAACAGAAGUUGAAAGAAGUGUGAGAAUGGUUUCUGAAGGAGAUGAAGUUAGGAGAACAGCAAGAGAAGUGGAUGCAUGUGAGGUAGUGCUUGACAGUGGAGCUGACUGCCAUGUGUUGCCUAUGGAUUGGGCAGAAGAAGUCGGAGAAACUUCGAACUUUGAGUACCAUCUGAAAGAUGCGCAAGGGAAAGUGAUCCCAACGUUGCCUGUGAGGCAGAAUGUGACGUUUGUUUUCACGAAGGAGUCUGGAAAGAAGUUGAAGAUCACUGACAGUGCUGUUUGCGGCAAUGUCACCCAACCUUUGUUUGCGGUAGGAAAGAUGUGGAAGCUAGGUUGGGGUACGGUGAAUGAAGAUGGAAGAUUGUGGUUGAAGAAAGGAAGUGUUCGGAUACCGAUAUACUUCAAAAGGCUGGAGCGAGAACUGAAGAAUGAGUUGAAGAGCAAAGAAGAUGAAGAUGGUUGGUUUGUGCUAAAUGACGGCACGCCUGCAAGGUUUGAUUGGUUUAUGGGGAAGACGUUUGACCCAACGGGAAAGAUGAAAAGAAGUGGAGAAAGAGUGUUGAAUGAAGUGGAUUGGAAGAGUAUGGAUUUCUUUGAGUGUACGGAGAUCUGGAAGGAUCGCGAAAGAGUGCAACUUGGGGCGAGUCCUCAAGCAAGGUUUGAGGUGAUGGUCACCUUGUUGGAGAAGGGAUUGAAGGAACCGAGUGACUAUGGGUUGCUCACGAACUUGGCAUAUCAGCCGGAGCUUUUGCAACUUUCGGUUGGAGCUCCAUGGGAUCAUCAGCUGAAGGCUUUGAGGUUUAAGAAGAAGAGAAUUGUGCCUAUUGAUGAUGGGCCAGGACUGCCAAGAUUGGCGGUGGAAGCUGACAAAAGAGUAGAAGAAGAAAAGAGAAGCGAGCCUUCGCCGCCGAGCGACCGCCAAGGAAGCUCAAGUUCUUCUAGCAAGAGUUCGUCGCUAUCUGGAGCAACGCCAGAAGCAAUGGACGACGAGAGCGAUGACGAUGACGAUGAUCCAGGAGAGGUGAGAACAAAGAGAAAAGCAGAAGAUGAAUUGGUGCCCGAUGAAAUGACGUUGGAAGAGUUUCAAAGAGAAGUUGCAAAGAGGAAUGCAGAAGAAGAAGGAGAAGGGUCACCAAAGAAAGAACCAAGAGUAGACGAAGGAACUGGAGAGGUAGAAGAAAGAGUUGAAAAGGUGCCGAGACUUGGAGACGAAGCACGAGGAAGCGCGGCACGAGUGGAAUACCAUAUUCGGAGAUUCGCCAAGAGCGAAGAUCCCGAAGAGCAUGGAGAUGAGUAUGUUGAUCUCGACGAGACACAGUUGUUUCUGGAAGAAAGUCGAGAGUUCCAGAGCAAGACCUAA